CAAUCCGAACUAGUUAUCGUAUAAGCGUGAAACAGACAAUCCAUUAUUCCCCCAUACUAGCUUUGAACCUCGCAAAAUGUCAAGAAUUUCGAGACAAUCAGAAACAGAAAUUGCGCGAAAAACAGCGAUACCACAGCCAACCCCUAAGAAAUCAGUACCUCGCGACAGAUCCUACGAUGGGGAUGCAUUUGUCAACCUCUUCGCCCGUCGCGGAGCUCGCGACGUAUUAAUUCUGGAUAACCACGGAGUUCCUUUGCGAUCCACCUCCAGUCAGAGGCGCACCUACCUUUACAUGACCAAUCUGAAGCCCCUUCUCUUCAUGGCCCGCAAUGUGGUCAGGGACCUGGACCCCUCGAACGACAUCACAUUCAUGAGGAUCCGCUCCAAUAUCAACGAAAUACACAUGACUCUGGGCUCGGAUUUCAUAUUGAUAGUCAUACAGAAGCUCAGAAAAAUAAGGAAAAGUGUUGGGGAAUAAUGCAGUUCUCCAGUUGCCGUUCGAAGUGCGUGUGUUUGGGGAAGUUAAUUGACCUGUUCCCAUCGUCCAGCUGCAAAUUAAAUAGCAUGCAAUUAUGCCAAA